AUGCCUGCAGCCGGUGCGGCGGUGCCGGCCGUGGCCGAGGGCGCCGGUCAGCUGGAGGAACUGGACGAACCGCCGGAGCCACGUGCGCGCGGUAAUAGCGGACGGGCCGGCCUGAUGAAACCCCUGGUGGUGUUGGCCCUGCCGGGGAUGUAUCUCUUCUACAAGUACAGCCAGUACAGACGGGAACAGCGCGAGCUCUCCCGCAGAAGAGUAACCGAGAGGGAGCUCCAGCAUCUCCAUCACAAGAUCGACAAGUUGUUGACGAAAUUAGAGGAGAACGAACCGGAGCUGGCGUCGUCGCAGGAAGACGAGUGUGUCAUAUGCGUGAACGCAAGGGCGACGAUGCAAACGGCGCCGUGUGGGCAUCGGGUGGUUUGCAGACGCUGCUUCGUCAAGACGAUACAAAUGGCGGUGUCUCAGAGGCUUCUACCGCUCAGAUGCGUUAUAUGUAGAGCGAAGAUUCUCCGGCUGAAGCAGACCCUCAUUCCGCGUGACUAUUCGAUGUCGGGUAAAUCCUGGGUACUUCCCCAAAGUGCCUCGGAGUACAACAUGGGCACGGGCGUAACCGCCGGCGUGUCCGGGCCUGGUGGCAGAUGGGGAACCGGAAGCGUGCCGGCCUCCGCGUCUUUAUACUCGAUGGCCAGCGGUUCGUCCUCCAUUUCUGGAGUGUCUUCCGUUUCUUCGGCAACUUCCUCAUCCGCGAGCAGCACCGGAAGUUCCGCUCUCGGCAAACAUACGAGAGUACGGCAACCCACAGGCGCCACUCUCAGACGUUCCCAGACGCAAUCGAUGAAGAUGCGGAUUCAGGAGUACCAAGAUCCGAUUCAGCAAGUCACCGAAGAAGAGGAGGUCAUGCGGGAGAACCGGGAGCGUCGAUUGCCGCCGAUCAAAGAGUUCCAGAGGGAUUAUCGCGUUGGCAAGGCCUCCACCAGAAUCAGAUGUGCUCAAAAGAUCGUCACUCAAUUGGAAACGUCGCCGAGCCCGAGAGGCACGUCCGGUGUACCAUCGUCGUCGUCGACGUCGUCGAAACGGCCGUCGACGUCGAAACGGCCGUCGUCGACGUCCGCGCCGAAGAUGUCGGUGGUGCAGGAGGUGCAAAAAUCAAAGAAAGAUAAAGAACGGGAGAAGGAGCGGGAAAAGGCGGAGAAGGCGCGGCAGAAGGAGGAGGAGAAGGCGGAAAAGACCAGGCAAAAGGAGGCGAAGAAACUGGCGAAGGAAGAGAAGAAACGAGCGAAGAAGGAAGCGAAGGCGAGGCGAAAGGAAGCCGAGGAAUCCCUUUUGAGGGACGAAAAGUAGGCUUGUGGUCUCGAUCGUGUGAAAAAUCUCAAGACGGAGCGUGUCGCUGUUGGUACAGGUGUUCUGAAGUAUCCCUCGGCGAUUGAAUGACGGCGAUUUCCAGAAUUCUGUACCGGUCUCGCGAUGGCGGAUCGAUAACGCGCAUACGGGAUGAGUUACGGACAAGUUCGCAUAACUUGUAAGAAUAACGAGAGAGACUCCGUAAAGAAACGUAACGGAGCACCGAUGCCUCUUGAAAAUUCUAGCACCCAGCUAUCGACUAAUGAACAUGGCCUAGCUCGAAAGCGGUUCUUCUGAGAAGCCGAGCACUUGGCAAGCGAUUGCCGGAGAUCUCGCUGGUUUUUAAUAAACUCCAAUGUGCGACUCGUUUGUUACUUGAUGAAAUGAAUUCUCACAACAAUUAAUAUAUCGAGAAACAAUAAACUCGAAACAAUCCGUAACCUGUCCCGAAUCGCUCGUUACCUUGAAACGUGGGGUUAAGGAGAAGAAGGGCGGCGGAGGAGAAGUAUACUUAAAAACAAAACAAAACAAAAAAAAAUCUAGAAGCGGCCAAAUUUAGUAACCCGUCAUAUCGAGUUAUCGCGGACUAAUAACUAUUAUCGAUAGGAAAAACUCGAGGGUAGAGCUAUAUACUUUAGAAUUCCGAGCGAAAAAAAAUUUAUUUCAACCCUUUACAUUUACUAGUCAUCGCAAAACAUUUUAUUUUAGUCGUAAUGAACGUAAUUUUAUCUCUCCCGUGUGAAACCUCCCCCCCCCUCUCAUUUGAAACGUCUCAUCAUAGACAAAACCAAAAAACACACAAGAUGUUUCCAACAUGUUUCCAUUCGGUUUACUAUACGGUAAUUUUUAGAAUUAAUAAGACGAAGCAAAAAAACCGUGAUCUCUAUCGAUUGUACGAAUAUAUAUAUCAUCGUCUAAAAAUAUAUUCCCCCAAUUAUUUAUAGUUGAUUCAUUCCGCGCGAAAAACAAAAAAAAAUCAUCUUCAUCUUGCGACAUUUAAUCACCGACCGCCAAUUCGAGAUAAUCGAUAAUCCCGUUCCUCCAGUCAAUUUAAAACUCAGUCAUCGUGUCCUCGCCCACGUCCUACGUCACCAGAAAAAAAGACACACACUGUGUGUCGAUUUUUUCUCUCAUCGCCGACAUCCCUAACUUUAACAUUUCGCGUUUUGUCAUUACGUAAGUAGAGAAAUCGCGCGGGGCGAAAUGCUUGCGGUGUGUGUGUGUGUACAUUUUUUUUUUUUUUUAUUUUAUUUGUAGCGGCGGUCUUUUGGGUAAAAAAAAAAAAAAACUUUUAAUUAGUCACACGUCACAAGGUAGUGUUUUAACACGCAAAAAGUAUAUAUAUAUAUAUAAAUUGUUUCUCUCUUCUAUUUUUCAAAUUUUAAAAAAGAUUCAAAUCAAAUACGUCAAAUUUACAAAUUACGUCGCUCUUUUUUCGAAAAGCCCGGGGCAAAAGAGGGACAAAAAAAAACGCAAGCAUUUUUCUUCGUUUUCUUCGCACUUCGCGUUAAAAAAAAAUAAUAUUUCCCACACCACACAUUCAUCGUAUAUAUUGUAAAUACACCUGCAGGAUUUCACAAAGCGGAACAUGAAGAACUUUCGUGGUCUCGCGCGCGAGCAAAGUCGUACGAACAAAGUCGCGUACGACAGCCUAAUACGAUCGAUUUGUUAAAAUGCGAGAGAGGAUA